UUUCAGUCAACCACUCACUCAACCCCACUUCCCUCCCACUUGGCGCCUAGGCUAUAAGAACCAGAUGAGAUGAGAGUGGUUCGAGCACCUUCCACUCCCCUUGGAUAUUUGUAAUGCGGAGUGAACUGAAGAUGGGUCUCAGCUCAAGCCUAGUCCCGGUGGCAUAUGCACUGCUCCUCUUGUGCUGCUUCACUGCUCGGAAUGCUGCCACCGCUGCUGCGAGUGGUGAUGGUGGCGGUGGUCUGAGGCUGAACUACUACUCCGAGAGCUGCCCGAGAGCGGAGGAGAUCGUGAAGGAGCAGGUGAGGAGGCUGUACGAGGAGCACGGCAACACGGCCGUGUCGUGGCUCCGGGCCCUCUUCCACGACUGCACCGUCAAGUCCUGCGACGCGUCGCUGCUCCUGGAGACCGACGCCGCCACGGGCCUCGUCUCCGAGCAGGCCUCCCCGAGGAGCUUCGGCAUGCGCAACUUCAAGUACGUGGGCGCCAUCAAGUCGGCCCUGGAGCGCGAGUGCCCGGGCACCGUCUCCUGCGCGGACAUCCUCGCGCUCGCCGCCCGGGACGGCGCGGCCAUGCUGGGCGGGCCGGCGGCGAUCCCGAUGCGGACGGGGCGGCGGGACGCCACGGAGAGCCAGUACGGCGAGGUGGAGCGGUACAUCCCGAACCACAACGACACGGUGUCGGCGGUGCUGUCCCGGUUCGCGGCCAUGGGGCUGGGCGCCGAGGCCGUGGUGGCGCUGCUGGGCGCGCACUCGGUGGGCCGCGUCCACUGCAGCAACCUGGUGGCGAGGCUGUACCCGGCCGUGGACGCUGGCAUGGAGCCGGCGUACGGCGCGUACCUGCGGGGCCGGUGCCCGACGGCGGACGCGAGGGAGGACACCCGCGACGUGGCGUACGCGCGUAACGACCGCGCCACGCCCAUGGUGCUCGACAACAUGUACCACAAGAACCUGCUCAAGGGUCGGGGGCUCCUGCUCGUGGACCAGCGGCUCGCCUCCGACCCCCGCACCGCGCCGUUCGUGAGGAGGAUGGCGGCUGACAACGGGUACUUUGGUGAGACGUUCGCGGCGGCGCUGGUGAGGAUGUCGGAGAACGGGCCGCUCACCGGCGGGCAGGGGGAGGUCAGGAAGGACUGCAGGUUCGUCAACGCCAAGUAAGAUGGAGCUAGUGAUCAGUGGCACCCUAGUGGUAAGACGUAAGCGUGUGUGUAUGUAUGUGCUCGUGGCAUGGGGCACUAAUAAUUCAGAGUGAUGAAGGGACCAUGUAUCAUGUAUCAUGUGUGCGAGCAUGCUUGCUGUAUGAGCAUGCAUGAUGCCUGCCUGUACCUGAUGGAUAUGCGUUAUCCGAAUUCAACGUCUGGAACAUUGAAAUCUCGAAA